CAUAGUGACGACCGCCAUGUUGAGUGCUUUGACGUGAAGUUGUUCUGUCAAAUAUUCUUUUAUUUUGUGACGAUUCUUUUGUGUAUUGCCGUUAGUCAGCGUGCUUUGCCUGCAUUUUAAAGUAAACAAUGAGCGCCGAUACAGUCAACAGUAAUCCCAAUGGUGUGGCAUCAGAGGUUCCAGGUUCAGUUGAUGCUGGAGUGGUCCCAAAGGCGAGUGCUAAUGGACUUGAGUUUCUGCAAAGUAUAGAUGGGGAAACAGAUUUCCAGUACCUGCUUUUUGACGAUAACCUGGUGACCGUGUCGGACACAGGGAAGGAGCUGGGAGAGUUCACGGUGACAGUAGAGCCCACCAAGUACAAGUCCCAGGAGCUGUUCCUCAUACAUGCCAACAGCCAUGGAGCCAUAGAUGGAGUGCCAUGUGGCACAUCCAUCACUUGCUAUGUCACCAAGCAACUCGAAACCAUCGAACAGCAGCAUCAUGAAUAUGUCAAGCUGGAGAAUUGCCCAUUAGACAGGAAGACGUUCAUUGUUCGCCAGGAAGAAGGAUAUGUUGUGAAUCGAGUCAUCACACAGCGGGAGGAUGUUCAGAGAACAGCCAAAACAAUCGCACUGGACACGAUGCAAGGCUUUAUUUCUGAAGGGUCCAAUCUGCUGCUCCACAGACUGUUGAUAGAAAAGAAUUUUCCUGAUGACAUGCAACUGCUUUCCUUUGACUCUGACGCCAAUCUCAGUGUGGCUGUGUAUAAACACCUGGAAGAGAGAUCUCAGAAUGUGGAAGGUCUUGAUAUGAGGGUGUUUGGUAUAGAGAGAACCAUCAUCUCCACAACAGACCUACCUACUACAUGGCAGUCCUACUUCUCAGGCGAUUGUCACCUGACGAACAGAGUGCAAGUAGGGUCACCAGUCACGAUGAAGUUAGCUCAGAUACCUACUGCCAUAGAGAGAGAUGAAGAGCCACCAAAACCAACAUUCGAGAAACAGCCACUCAACUGGGAAGAAGACAUGCAGCUGUAUUCCAGAUUUUUGGACAGAAAGGAAGAGCUGAAGGGAGACCAUGCUGUUUACAUGAGGCAUCACCCAGAGCUGAAAGCGCUACUUGCUGAUUUCCUGCAGUUUUUGUUGCUACGGAAACCUGAUGACGUGCUAUCAUUUGCAGCCGAGUACUUCGCUGCCUUUUCCAACACUAUGCCGUCAUCAUCUCCAUACAUGGCCUCAAGUACAUCCACACCCUUUCCUGCUAGUCGAACAAAUACAGGCAUCGAGAAAUUGCGGACACCCACCCGAUAAUGAUUUACUUUUAGAAGUCAAAUAAUGUAACAGCAGCAUUGGAUCAUCAAAGCAGUUGUAGCACUCAGUCGGCAGUCAGUAUUUUGGUCUGGAGUUCCUCUUAGCGCUAAGAUGGCUUUGUGGACAGGACCAAGAGCAUCAUGAUGACUGCUCAUACUUCAUCUUCCGUCAGGAUUACUGUGUUACUCUGGGCUUGUCGUCAGUGCCACAGUUUAACUCCUCCCUUGAUGUCCUGUGUUGAGUGUUUUAACUUUAUCUCAAGUAAUUACUCAUUGCCAUACUGAUGUUGUAUUGGUUUCCAUGGCAACAUCUUUCAGUAUUUACACUUGGACUUCCAUAAAAGUGGAUGUUGACCAGACUCAGGUGCAAGCCCAACCUCUUUGUAAAACUACUUGGAAACCACCAACUGCUUUACACAAUCUGUGUGUCUAUUGGUCUAAUGUUCCUGGUCUGUCACCUGAAACGUGUGUCAGGAAGCUGCUAAUGUCUAGCCAUUUGCUGAAGUGACAAGAUAAGGAGAGACGACAUCCUCUAAGAAAUGUACAAAUUGUGUCUUAUGAAGUUUAAGGGAUGUUACAACUGAGUUGUCAUGAUUGGACGGUGUAAUAUCUAGGCGUUAUAAUGAUUCAUUAAUGUAUCAGUACAAAUAUGUAAACAGAGAGACAUGUAAAAUUAUGUCAAAAUAGUAAAUUCUGCCUACUGGUAGGAUGUUAAUGAGAUCUCAAGCAACAUGUCCUAACUCUGUCUCAAGUAUACUAUAUGGAUUUGUUUGUCUUCAACACACUCUCUCUGGUGAAGGACUUUGUCUAAAGGGAAGGCAAGUACAGAGAGGUCCUGAAUCUUAGUGUGCUGUGUCAGUCAACAAUAUCACAUCACAACAAAGUGUUUCAGUCCUCAUAGUGUUCCGGGUUGAUGACACUACUUACCAAGAAUGACAGUUAAUCAAAGCUUUGUUUUGUUCAUCUCUUCAGGCAGUCAUGGAUUCACAAACAGCUGACACAUUGUAUCCACCUGAUCAAGAUUACCUGACAAGACUCGGGGUAAUGGCCUAUCACACUGCCAGUCGCACUCUGUUCAUUACCUAUGGCAUGGGUUGCUGUAGACCUGUACUGCUGGAGAUACCCCAGUUUUGUGGAGGGUUUAUAGGACUACUUCUGAAGAUGCCCUCUCCAGCCAUGAUACUGCUGUAGUAAUGCUGAUACCUCUUUUGGUCACACUUGGGGGUUUGGGGGUUGCACCACAGCUUCCUCUCCUUGUCACGACUGGAAGGAUGUGAUGGACAUCGGGUUGUCACGACUGGAAGGAUGUGAUCCUUAUCAGGUUGUCAUGACUGGAAGGAUGUGAUUGACAUCGGGUUGUCACAACUGGAAGGAUGUGAUUGUCAUCUGGUUGUCACGACUGGAAGGAUGUGAUAGACAUCGGGUUGUCACGACUGGAAGGAUGUGAUCCUUAUCUGGUUGUCAUGACUGGAAGGAUGUGAUUGACAUCGGGUUGUCACAACUGGAAGGAUGUGAUUGUCAUCUGGUUGUCAUGACUGGAUGGAUGUGAUUGACAUCGCGUUGUCACGACUGGAUGGAUGUGAUUGACAUCUGGUUGUCAUGACUGGAUGGAUGUGAUUGUCAUCUAGGACUUCUGUUUAUACUUCCACCAUGACCACACUACUGGCAUUGUGUUUAGUGUAUGACACAGCAUGAUGGGCAGUAUUCUUAGAAUUCUGUUUUGUCGAAAUACUGUAUAUAUUUUUCUGGAGAUACUGCCUUUAAUAUAUAUGCGUUAAACUGUCAGCAAUGUGUUGUCUUGGUGAAUGAUCACUUGAGAGUGGCACUUACCUUGAGGUUUCCCUAUGAUGUGAAGGCUGACAGAGAGGAUAUGACCUUCGGUUUACCCAAUGGGAUCAGGUUAAAAUGCACUGAGACAAAACAGUAUACAAGUCCUGGUUAAAAAGGCUCCAGUAUUCCAUGGGGUAAAUGGCAAAAGAUACUUUGGUUUGCAUGUAUGUUUUCCCCAUUCCAGCAUGACCCACCCCAAUAUAUAGAUCUGUGAAACCUCUCAGCUGUGGACAACUGAAGCACUGUACCACAAUGUAAACUGACACCACUUACUUCCCUUUAUGUUUUUUUAAUCAGUCAGUGUUGGGAAGAUGUUUUGUACACUUCAACUGGCACUGUACCACAAUGUAAACUGACACCACUUACUUCCCUUUAUGUUUUUUUAAUCAGUCAGUGUUGGGAAGAAUUUUUGUACACUUCAAUUGGCACUGUACCACAAUGUAAACUGACACCACUUACUUCCCUUUAUGUUUUUUUAAUCAGUCAGUGUUGGGAAGAUGUUUUGUACACUUCAACUGACCGUCUGAUGACCUGUACACCUGUCAACCAAGCGUUACCUGUACACCUGUCAACCAAGCGUUACCUGUCAUUUAAUCAAGCCUUUGUACAUAGUCCAUUUCAUUUUGCUGUGAAAUUCAUCCAUAUCUUGUACAGAUUUCUCCUCAAUUGUGAGUGCUUUGUUGAAUACUGCUUUAAGUUAUUUAACUGCAGAAUUUUGUUGAUUUUGUUAGAAAUGUGUUUUGUAGAUUUUAAUCAAGUUCAUUUGGAAGCUCAUUAGUCAGAAAAUUCAUAACCUGGGAUAAAUUUGAUCAACAGAAUAUGUUUCCAGUUGUCCACUACUCCAACAUUCGCUGUCAGUAUGUUAGUUCCCGUCUACAGUUCACUGCAGGACGUUGUGCUCACAGUCUGGAGACUAGCUGUAGGUCUGACAGGACAGUGUGUAUCAGCAGGUUAGGUAGUGGUGCCCAGCUCGUUACUACUGACAAACACCUGUUGUCUCAAGCCUGUUGACCCGGUUGUCAGUCAACAGACCUCAAUGUGCAUUUUCCAACCACUACUUUGUGCAUGCUUUGGCAGUCAGUGGAGGUUGUAUAAAAGACCCAGUGUCACUGAUGACACCUGACAUGUCAUGCAUGUUGAUGAUGCAGUAGGUAAUGAUUACUACUAACAUGACCAACAUAUAGACACAAAGUCACUCCUGACACAAGUUUGUGCAUCCUGACUGGACACCAAGGUGGGGGUUAUCUCCCCUGAACCUGUUAGGGAAAGUAUUAUUGACAGGAAUAAAGCAUAUUUUGAAAUGAACAAUAAACUGCUUUCAAAGGGGUACAACUUCUAUGACUUUUCAGCAGGAUCAGUCGAGAAUAACGUGUUCUUCAAAAAUUGCCCACUGAACUGCACAGGUCACUGAACCAUGUUCUUCAAAAACUGCCCACUGAACUGCACAGGUCACUGAACCAGGUUCUUCAAGAACCGCCUACUGAAUUGCACAGGUCACUGAACCAUGUUCUUCAAAAACUGCCCACUGAACUGCACAGGUCACUGAACCAGGUUCUUCAAGAACCGCCUACUGAAUUGCACAGGUCACUGAACCAUGUUCUUCAAAAACUGCCCACUGAACUGCACAGGUCACUGAACCAGGUUCUUCAAGAACCGCCUAUGGAACUGCACAGGUCACUGGACCAUGUUAUUCAAGAACCGCCUACUGCAUCCACAGUGAUGAUGUCAAACCCCUGAACAUACUCCCACUUACAGGAUCUGCAUCUGGGUAGUUUAGCUGCUGAUUUCCUUGUAUGUCUUCACUAGGAAAGAUAACUACCGGUAUACAAGAUAAUGAAGACAAGUCUUAAGUUGUUUUUUAUUGGAGUCAAAAUGAGUAAGAUCAAUCCUCAAACAGUAUCUGAAUCAGUAUUCUAAAAAAUAUAUUUGGUAAUUUGUUUAAAGACAGACACAAACAUGAGAAUAAAAUAUACUCUUACACACGAUGUAAAACUACAAAAUAAGUACAUUGUUUUUAAAAGACAAAAUAUUUUCGGAUCUCUGAUCCUUUCAUUUUCACAACAUAUUUUGUGAGCUGAAAUAAAUAUGUUUUCUCUGUGUUA